GUCAAUCGGAUGACAAUUACGGUGAACGUUUUGGGGAAGAAGUAAACGCAAAUUACAAGUCAUCUGAAAUGGAAAACAUGGAAGUAGCUUUGCCCGAAAAAGAUGAGGGGAGCCCUGCUGAGCAGAAACAAGUCCUGCAGGAUAUGGACCUAGAGGACCUCUACACAAAGUACAAGAAGCUUCAACAAAUGCUGGAAUUUCUAGAGGUACAGGAGGAGUACAUAAAAGAUGAGCAACGUAAUCUGAAGAAGGAGUAUUUACAUGCUCAAGAGGAAGUUAAGAGAAUUCAAUCUGUACCUCUGGUAAUUGGACAAUUUCUGGAAGCUGUUGAUCAAAAUACUGGCAUUGUCGGUUCAACCACUGGUUCGAAUUAUUAUGUCAGGAUUUUAUCAACUAUUGAUAGGGAACUGUUAAAACCGUCUGCGAGUGUAGCUUUGCAUAAACAUAGUAAUGCUCUGGUGGAUGUGUUACCACCAGAGGCAGAUUCAUCAAUUAGUAUGUUGCAAGCAGAUGAGAAACCUGAUGUUUCAUAUGCUGAUAUUGGUGGUAUGGACAUGCAAAAGCAAGAAAUUAGGGAGGCAGUUGAACUACCAUUAACACACUUUGAAUUGUACAAGCAAAUUGGUAUUGAUCCCCCACGCGGUGUUCUCAUGUACGGUCCUCCUGGUUGCGGUAAAACCAUGUUGGCUAAGGCAGUUGCACAUCAUACAACAGCUGCUUUUAUCAGAGUUGUGGGUUCAGAGUUCGUUCAGAAAUACCUAGGCGAGGGUCCACGCAUGGUGAGAGAUGUGUUCCGUCUGGCGAAAGAGAACUCUCCAGCAAUUAUUUUUAUUGACGAAAUUGACGCUAUUGCUACGAAACGUUUUGAUGCGCAAACUGGAGCCGACAGGGAAGUGCAACGUAUCCUGCUCGAGCUUCUCAAUCAAAUGGACGGAUUCGAUCAGACAACUAAUGUGAAAGUAAUCAUGGCUACAAACAGGGCCGACACAUUGGAUCCAGCAUUGCUGAGACCUGGACGUUUGGAUAGGAAAAUUGAGUUCCCCUUACCGGAUCGUAGGCAGAAACGGUUAAUUUUAACUACAAUCACAUCAAAGAUGAAUCUAUCAGAGGAGGUUGAUCUAGAGGACUUCGUGGCACGUCCAGAUAGAAUUUCUGGAGCCGAUAUCAAUGCAAUUUGCCAAGAGGCGGGUAUGCACGCAGUAAGAGAGAAUAGGUACAUCGUCUUACCGAAAGAUUUCGAGAAGGGUUACAAGAAUAACAUUAAAAAGGAUGAAAGCGAACACGAGUUCUAUAAAUAAAUUAUUAUAUUUUUU